ACCGUUGCCGCGUCCAACAUUUACAUACCGGUAGUUAACUUCUACUUGGAAACUGAGAUUUAGGAAGUUCAGGAUCGCUAUAUAUGAUAUUUUACGUUAGUAACAUCACAUCUUUCAAUUGAAUUUCAAAGAAGAAGAUGGAAAGGAAACAUUUACCUGGCUCUGGGGGACUGGUGCCUCACCCUCCUAGCAAACCUCCAGAUCACAAGACCAGAGCUCCAAGUCACAGGAGACUUCGUCCAAUCAGAGAAUGCCUUGUGAAUAAUCAGAGUGGCUUCUACUCAGACACCAUCACUGCAGUCAACUCCCAGUCUUUCACAGUGGACCCUGGCAUCUGGCAGAGUUCCAGUAAUCUAACAACAAAAGGUACAACUUUCGAGACUCCAUCUGUCAAGUUCAAGCCUGUUGAGCCGCUUUGUUCUUACUUCUGCCGGGGUGGAGAUGAACCCAAGGUCCACAUGCCCUACCAAACCACUCCUGGCCAGAUCCCUCGCAAGUUAGAGAUUGAGAGACGUCGGAGGGAAUACGGACAUAUAGACAUUGAACAGCUCCUGGCAGAAAAAGGAAUAGAUUCCACUCUCCUAGUGCCAAGACAUCAGAGCAGUAGUACUGAGCAUGAUACUACACCAGAAAAUUCUGUUUCACCCUUUCUCCCUCUGGAGAUGUUAGACAAUGAGGACUAUGACUGCCGGACACCAGAAGACUGGCUUGCCUUGGGCUACGCUGAAGGAACAAAGGAUCGAAAACCUAUUCCUGGAAAAGCCCUCCUGCCUACAGAUGACAAUAGUCCUUCUGAGGACACUGAGAAGUACAGAUGGCAUUUAGUUGGGGUUCUUGACUACAGUAAGGAGAAACACCAGUACCUGGUGGAGAAGGUUCACCAGAAUACUAAACUGAUAGACAGAGAAGGAAAUCCUAUUCUGACUGGAGAAGAAAAAAAGGGCAAAUGUUCUGAAGUGAACUCCAUGCUAGCAGGCACUAAGUACUGGGUACCCAAGAUCAGAUUGUUAUUCAGUGCUGAGAACCCACAUGUCUUUGUUGAACGGAUCAAGUUUGCCCUGCACUUGAGGGAGAAAACAGAAGCUCUUAUUCUCUACAACCUAACUGUUGAUGCUUUACCCAUCUGGAGUGGAAUGCCAUCUCUUGAUACCCAAAGUCUCCAGCGUAUCAAAGCCCGUGUAGGACCUCGUCUCAAGCUGAAAACUCUGGAGAAGUGUGUAGCAGACCUGGAGAAAGAGGUCAAACUUGGAUAUGACCGCACUAUGAACCGCAUGUCUCUCGACAAAGUAGUGAUGAGACAUCCCGAGCAGUUUUCACACAUUACCAUACCACAGAAGGAUCCUGAGAAUGUACCGCAAAAAGUUCCUCACUCUGCCUAUAAAAAGAACCAAGCUACUUUCUUCCGUCUUACCCUGCUAAGAAGGCCAGAGGUGAUCUGUGCGUUAUCUGGAGUAUGGUCUGAGUGCAACAAAAUAACAACCAUGAGCCUGUUCAAAAUCACCUCGAUCAAACCAAUGCCACUGCAGGAGUUUAGAGUCCUGCAGUCUGAAAUACAUAAGAAGGUGCAAUUGUUUCUUAGUGAAACAUGGAUAGAAAAACUGACUGAAAUAAUCCGUUCAAACCUGGAGAAUAUUGGCAAGGGCUGGUUCAACAUUAACGAGACUUGCUGGGACACAUACAAGAUGUCCUGUCUGUCCAGAAUGAUUGCUAUGGUGCACUACAAAAUGCAGGACUCCCUGCGCUUCCUUGUGCAGGAUUCACUGCUCGCCCUGACUCAGUUGCUGUUGGAUGCGUGCCACAGUGUGCUGUUAUGUCCUCAGAACCUGGUCUGGGGAAACAACCUUAUCACUAGCCCCUACAAGCCAAAGGGGAACCCUCUGUUCCUGGUGGAUUUGGUUCUGGAUGAGACUGGCGUCCAUUACAACACUCCUCUGGAGAGAUUUGUGACAUCUAUCGUUGACCUGUUUAAUGCAGGUAUUGGGACCACAUACCGCGUAGGACUGCUUGAAAAGUUUGUGAUGAAGAAGUUGUUUUUUGGUGGAAACCUGAUGCUUCAGUCAGUGAAUAAGUUUGAACCUGAAGUAAUUAAGCUGAGAGAGAAGAUCAGCAAUGCUCUGAAACAAGCAACCACAACUCUCAAGGCUUAUGCUGCUGAAUAUGAGAAGUAUUUGGAGCUAUACAACUUGGACAUAAAUACCCUUCUCAAACCUCAUACACAUGCAGAACAGACAUCCCAAGAAAUUAAGAAGGAGGUGGAACAGCAACUCAAAGACAAGGAAUUGCUCGAUCACUCCCUGCCAUCCUCCAUUGUAAUCGGUCCAUUUAUUGUCCGUGUGGAGGAUGUACGUAAUGCACUGUCAAAGAAACGAAAGGCAUUAGCUCAUGCAAUCCUUGACCAACUUGUUCUAAAGCUACGCAAGCAGGUUUCUGAUGCAUGUGAAGAGUACAACAUAAUGAGUAGAAAGUUAAAUGAGAAGCCCAACAGCAUUGAGGAACUGACUGAAAAGAGGGACUGGAUGAAACAAAUCCCAGAACACAUCAAGAGUUUCAAGGAACGUUUUGGCAAGACCCUGUCAGACUAUGAUCUGAUAGAAGAAUUUCACUACAAUUUUUCAGACGAUGAUGUGAAUAAAAAGUGGACAGCUAUUGGAUGGCCUCAAAAGAUAAUCAGCCAGAUGGAAGAAGUAGUCAUCCAGCAUAUGGAGGAUGAGGAGCGCUUCCAUAAGAUCCAGCUGGGUGAUCAAAACAAAUUUGAGGAUCAGCUUAAUGCUCUACAGAUGCUGAUUGGCCGGUUUGGGGUCCAUACAGACAUUAAUCAUGCCCAUGAGGUGGCUAACGAGGUGAGACGUAUAAGCAAGGAACUUAAGGAGUGCCAGUCAAUGGCUCACACCUACAACUCCAGAGAACGUCUGUUUGGUAUUCCUGUCACUAAUUAUGAUCAUGUGCAGAAACUGAUAAAAGACUUCCAGCCUUUUAAAGACCUAUGGAGCACCACCUCUGAUUGGCUACGUUGGCACGAGAUCUGGCUCAAUGAUUCGUUGCCUUCCAUUGACCCUGAGCAACUUGAGCGCAAUGUUACAGACGCCCACAGAACCAUGCACAAAUGUGUUAAACAGUUCAAGGAUAUUCCUGACUGCCAAAUGGUGGCGACAGCAAUCUGCGGCAGGAUUGAGGAGUUCCGUCAUUACAUUCCUCUGAUUCAGGGCCUGAGGAACCCGGGAAUGAGGAGCCGUCACUGGGAGAUGCUUUCAGAACGUAUUCAGAUGAAAGUCCAGCCCAAAGCCAACUUGACCUUCUCCCGCUGUCUGGAGCUCGGCCUACAGAACUACGUGAAUGACAUAGCUCAUGUGGCUGAGGUAGCUGGGAAGGAGUACACCAUUGAACAGGCCCUGGAAAAAAUGGAGCAAGAGUGGUCGACAGUGAACUUUGAUGUGUUGCCCUAUAAAGAGACAGGAACCUACAUAUUUAAGAGCCCAGAUGAAGCCUCCCAGUUGCUGGAUGACCACAUUGUCAUGACACAGAGCAUGUCCUUCUCUCCCUUCAAAAAACCCUUUGAGAAUCGCAUCAACACCUGGGAGACCAAGCUCAGAUUGACUCAAAAUGUGCUGGAGGAGUGGCUGACAUGCCAGCGCUCCUGGCUCUACUUGGAGCCCAUCUUCAGCUCUGAUGAUAUCAACCAGCAGCUGCCUGUGGAAGGAAAAAGAUACCAACAAAUGGAGCAAACUUGGAGGGGAGUCAUGAGAAGUGCCUUUGAUAACCCAAAGGUGAUUGAGCUCUGUUCAGAUGCUCAGUUAUUAGACAAACUGAGAAGGUGCAACACACUGUUGGAACAGGUUCAGAAAGGUCUCAGUGAGUACUUGGAGACAAAACGAGGAUCCUUCCCCAGGUUUUACUUCCUGUCAGAUGAUGAGCUCCUGGAAAUUCUGUCCCAGACCAAAGAUCCUACGGCUGUACAACCACACUUGCGCAAAUGCUUUGAGAACAUUGUACAGCUCCAGUUUCAGUCAGAUCUACAGAUCACACAUAUGUACUCCGGAGAGGGAGAGGAGGUGAAGCUGUUCCUGCCAGUGUGGCCUACAGGAAACGUGGAGGACUGGCUCAGGGAUGUCGAGAAAUCUAUGAAGGCUACACUGAGGGAUAACAUUGACCGCUCUGUCAAAGUCUACCCUGAGCAACCUCGUGCAGAAUGGGUGUUAUCGUGGCCUGGUCAAGUGGUGAUAGCUGGCUGUCAGGUCUUUUGGACUACUGAAGUGUCAGAGGCCCUGGAGCAGGGAGACUUGGCCAACCGCCUUUAUCCCCAACUACAGACACAGCUGGGUGACUUGGUGCAGCUCGUGAGAGGACGUCUGUCUAAGAUGCAACGAGCUGUGAUGUCUGCCCUUAUCGUCAUAGAAGUUCAUGCUAAGGAUGUUGCAGCCAAACUGGUGGAGCAGAAAGUGUCAAGUGUCAAUGACUUUGAGUGGAUCAGCCAGCUCAGAUAUUACUGGGCAAAAGAUGACUUGUACAUCCGUGCAGUGAAUGCAGAGUUUUUAUAUGGGUAUGAGUACCUUGGUAACUCUGGACGUCUGGUCAUCACCCCACUCACUGACAGAUGCUACCUGACUCUAACAGGAGCUCUACACCUGAAGUUUGGAGGGGCUCCUGCAGGUCCAGCAGGGACAGGAAAGACAGAAACCACUAAAGAUCUGGGAAAGGCUUUGGCUAUCCAGACAGUUGUUUUCAACUGUUCUGAUCAACUAGACUUCAUAGCUAUGGGAAAGUUUCUCAAAGGACUGGCCAGGUCUGGGGCCUGGGCAUGCUUUGAUGAGUUUAAUCGUAUUGAUGUGGAAGUGCUGUCUGUGGUGGCACAACAGAUCACCACUAUACAAAAGGCCCAACAACAAAGGGCAGAGCUCUUUGUGUUUGAGGGGACAGAGAUCCCACUUGUCCCUUCUUGUGCUGUAUUCAUCACUAUGAAUCCUGGUUACGCUGGACGCACUGAACUACCUGACAAUCUCAAGGCCCUGUUUCGUCCUGUGGCCAUGAUGGUACCAGACUAUACUAUGAUAGCACAGAUCUCCUUGUACUCAUUUGGCUUCAGUGAUGCCAAAGUCCUCUCCAAGAAGAUCACCACCACUUUCAAGCUCUCCUCUGAACAACUUAGCUCUCAGGACCAUUAUGAUUUUGGUAUGAGAGCUGUGAAGACUGUGAUCUCAGCUGCUGGAAACCUGAAAAGAGAAAACCCUGACAUGAAUGAGGAGUUAAUCUGUCUGCGGGCCAUUCAAGAUGUCAAUGUUCCAAAGUUUUUACAGGAUGACUUGAAGCUCUUCAACGGUAUUGUGUCUGAUCUUUUCCCGGAGACGAAGCAGGAGCCAAUCAACUAUGGUACACUUGAAGAGUCCAUGCGAAAUGUCUGCUCCAAGAAUAACCUCAAAGAUGUGGAUGGGUAUAUUAGUAAGUGUAUUCAGCUGUAUGAGACCACUGUUGUGAGACAUGGCCUGAUGUUGGUGGGACCCUCUGGAUCAGGUAAAACCAAGUGUUAUGAGGUACUAGGUGCAGCAAUAACAGCUCUGCAGGGCCAGCCUUCUGUGAGUGGUGAUGUGUAUGAGGCGGUUCAGAUAUAUGUCCUCAACCCCAAGUCUAUCACCAUGGGACAGCUCUACGGGGAGUAUGACUUGCUCACACAUGAGUGGACAGAUGGUAUCCUCUCAUCUCUUAUUCGUGGAGGUGCAUCAUCAAUGGAUAAAAAGAAAAAGUGGUACAUGUUUGAUGGGCCAGUAGAUGCUGUAUGGAUUGAGAACAUGAACACAGUGCUGGAUGACAACAAAAAACUGUGCCUUAGCUCUGGGGAAAUCAUCAAGCUCACCGAUGUGAUGACAAUGAUGUUUGAGGUGCAAGACUUGGCGGUGGCAUCUCCAGCCACAGUAUCUCGCUGCGGUAUGGUCUACCUCGAGCCCAGUAUUCUGGGCCUUGUCCCUUUUACAGAGAGCUGGCUGAAGCGCAUCCCUGAAUCCCUGAAACCGUACACAGAGCAGCUUGACUCCCUGUUUGCCAGGUUCCUCCAGGACUCUGUCACAUUUGUCCGAACAUCAGUAAAGGAAGUCAUCACAUCUCUGGACAGCAAUCUUACCUGUAGUCUACUUAAACUUAUGGACUGCUUCUUUAGUCCUUUCAACAUUAAAGAGGAUGAGAGGCCACCUCCACAAAAGAAACUGAACCGUCUGAAGGAGCUGAUCGAGCCCUGGUUCUUUUUCUCUCUGGUGUGGAGUGUAGGCUGCACAGGAGACGCAGACAGUUGUAAGCGCUUCAGUGCCUGGCUGAAGAACAAGAUGGCAGAAGAAAAGAUUCAGUUAUGUUUUCCAGAGGAGGACCUGGUGUAUGACUACAGGCUUGAUGACGCAGGGAUUAGUAACUUGGAGGAUGACGAUGAAGAUGAGGAAAGAAAAGUCCAGUGGGUCAGCUGGAUGAAAUCCGCACAGAGUGUUGAAAUCACCCCAGAGACAAAUUAUGCUGAUAUCAUUGUUCCCACUGCUGGCACAGUGAGAAUGUCCUUUCUCAUAGAUAUGCUUUUGACCAAUAAAAAACCUGUGCUCUGUAUUGGACCCACAUGCACAGGAAAGACCCUGACCUUGUCAGACAAACUGCUGAACAACAUGCCUGCAGAAUACAUUACACACUUCCUUAUGUUCUCUGCUCGCACUUCAGCCAACCAGACUCAAGAUUACAUUGACAGUAAACUAGACAAAAGACGGAAAGGUGUGUUUGGACCUCCAGUGAGGAAGUACUUCAUCUUCUUUAUUGAUGACUUAAACAUGCCCAUGUUGGAGACGUAUGGUGCUCAGCCUCCGAUUGAACUGCUGAGGCAGUGGAUGGACCAUGGAGGCUGGUAUGACAGGAAACAGAUAGGGACAUUCAAGCACAUAGUGGACAUCAAUUUUGCUUGUGCCAUGGGACCCCCAGGUGGAGGCCGUAACCCCAUCACCCAGCGCUUCACACGCCACUUCAACUUCUUGUCCUUCACUGAAAUGGAGGACGCCAGCAAAAAAAAGAUUUUCUCCACCAUCCUGGGAAGUUGGUUGGGAUCUGUGCCAGCUAUCCAGCCACUGAAUGAGUCUCUUGUAGAUGCUACUAUCCGGGUCUACGCUACCAUCAGCUCCCAGCUCCUCCCGACUCCAGCCAAGUCUCAUUACACAUUCAGCCUCAGAGACCUGUCCAAAGUCUUCCAGGGUAUCCUUAUGGCUCAGGCUGGAAAGAUGGAGGACAAAGUGCAGUUGCUGCAGCUGUGGUACCAUGAAAGCUGCCGGGUUUUCCAGGACCGCCUUGUGUGUGCUGAGGACAGGGACUGGUUUGACGGGCUUCUGAAGGACUGCAUUGAGCAGUUUGAUUGCAGUUUUGACGAGGUUGUGCCCAGUAAACCUGUUUUGUUUGGAGAUUUCAUGAGUCUUGAUGAUGACAACAAAGUCUACACACUCAUACAAGACAAGGAAAGGUUGAUGAAAGUGAUGGAGGAAUGCAUGGACGAUUACAACCAGAAUACUACCACUAAGAUGAAACUGGUGCUCUUCAUGGAUGCCAUUGAGCAUGUGUGCCGCAUAAGCCGCGUCUUGCGCCAGCCCCUGGGAAAUGCCCUGCUGCUUGGAGUGGGUGGAAGCGGGCGCCAGUCGCUCACUAAGCUGGCCUCGUUUAUGUCAGGAUAUGAGUGUUUCCAGAUUGAGCUGGCUAAGAACUACGGUCAGACGGAGUGGAGAGAGGAUAUUAAAAACAUGAUGCUGAAGGCUGGUCUUCAGAACGAGCAGAUCACCUUUCUCUUUGUGGACACACAGAUUAAGUGUGAGUCAUUCCUGGAGGAUAUCAACAACAUUUUGAACUCUGGGGAUGUUCCCAACUUGUAUGCAACAGACGAGCAGGAGCGUAUCCUGACAGCCAUGAAGCCAGUGGUGCAAGACCUGGGCCACCAGCUAACUAAAGCCAAUCUUAUGGCUGCUUACAUCAGGAGGGUUCGCAGCAACAUCCACACUGUACUCUGCAUGAGUCCUAUCGGUGAGGUGUUUCGUGCACGACUGAGGCAGUUUCCCUCACUGGUCACAUGUUGUACCAUAGACUGGUUCAACGCCUGGCCAGAGGAGGCCUUGCAGGCUGUGGCCACAUCAUUUCUGAAUGAGCUUCCAGAGCUAGAAGCCAGCCCCACAGCCAUGAGGGGACUGGCAUUGAUGUGUGUGAAGAUCCACCAGACAGUAGCCAGGAAGUGUGAACAGUACCUGGCUGAGCUUUCCCGACACAACUAUGUCACACCCAAGAGUUACCUGGAACUGCUCAAAAUCUUCACAGAUGUCAACGGACGCAAGAAGCACGAACUGUGCAGCGGUCGUCAGCGUAUGAAGAGUGGCCUUGACAAGCUUCUUAGCACAGCGGAAGAUGUGAGUAAAAUGCAGGAGGAGCUGGAGACGAUGAGACCUCUUUUGGAGGAGGCUGCUAAGGAAACUAAAGUCACUAUGGAAACUAUCAAAAAAGACACAGUGGUUGCAGAAGAGACCCGGAAGUCUGUGCAGGCAGAGGAAGCCAAAGCUUCAGAGAAAGCCCGUUUUGCAGGAGCCAUCGCAGCAGAUGCACAGAGAGACUUGGAUGAGGCCCUCCCAGCCCUGGAUGCUGCCCUCGCCAGCCUCAAGUCACUUAACAAGAAUGACGUCACUGAGGUACGAGGUAUGCAGCGCCCUCCUCAGGGGGUGAAGCUGGUUAUGGAGGCGGUGUGCAUUAUGAAGGGCAUCAAACCCAAAAAGGUACCUGGAGCGAUGCCUGGCACCAAGAUCAACGACUACUGGGAACCUGGUAAGGGUCUGCUACAAGACCCUGGCAAGUUUCUGGAGAGCCUUUUCAAUUACGAUAAGGACAACAUUCCGGAAAACGUGAUCAGUCUAAUACAGCCCUACAUAGAUAAUGAGGAAUUCCAGCCGGAGUCCAUUGCCAAAGUUUCCAAAGCCUGUACCUCUAUUUGCCAGUGGGUGCGAGCCAUGCAUGUAUAUCACUUUGUGGCUAAGGGUGUGGAGCCUAAAAGGCAAGCUCUGCAGGAGGCCCAGGAAGACUUAGCCGUGACCCAGCGCAUCCUGGAUGAUGCCAAAGAACAGCUGGCAGCAGUGGAGAGUGGCAUUGCUGCUUUGCAGGCCACGUACCAGGACUGUCUGGCAAAGAAAGACGAGCUGGACAACAAAUGUCAACUGUGUGAGGCCCGUCUCAUCCGAGCAGACAAGCUAAUAGGUGGACUGGCAGAUGAGAAGGUGCGUUGGAAGGAAACAGUACAACAUCUGGAUUACAUGGUCAAUAAUGUGGCAGGCGAUGUGCUUCUAUCUGGAGCAUACAUAGCUUACCUGGGACCCUUUACUGGAGAGUACAGGGCAGCCAUGGCAGAGGAGUGGCUACAUUGUUUCAAAGAACUAAGUGUUCCACACACUAAUGAACCCAACCUGAUCAGCACCCUAGGAGAUCCAGUCAAGAUCCGCUCCUGGCAGAUAUCAGGUUUGCCAAAGGAUAACCUUUCAGUGGAGAAUGGUGUGAUUGCACAGUACUCUCUGCGCUGGCCUCUGUUCGUUGAUCCUCAGGGACAAGCCAACACGUGGAUCAAAAACAUGGAGCGCGACAAUAGAUUGGAGACUAUCAAGCUAAGUGACUUGGACUUCCUCCGCAGCCUUGAGAACGCCAUUUGCUUUGGUAAACCCUGCCUCUUGGAGAAUGUAGGAGAGGAGUUAGAUCCUGCUCUAGAACCUGUCUUGUUGAAACAGACAUAUAAGCAUCAAGGCAACACAGUGCUGAAGCUUGGCGAUUCUGUCAUCCCUUACCAUAAAGACUUCAAGAUGUACAUCACAACAAAGCUGCCUAACCCACACUACUCUCCAGAGGUCUCCACCAACGUCACACUCAUUAACUUUACCCUGUCACCCAGUGGUCUAGAGGACCAGUUGCUUGGCCAGGUGGUGGCCGAGGAACGUCCAGACCUGGAGGAGGCUAAGAACCAUUUGAUCAUCAGCAAUGCCAAGAUGAAACAGGAGCUAAAAGAAAUUGAGGAUGAGAUCCUGUUCCGACUCAGCUCCACAGAGGGAAACCCUGUGGAUGAUGAGGAGCUCAUCCAAGUGUUGGGGGCGUCCAAGAUCAAAGCCGGGGAGAUCAAGGCUAAAGUGGCGGUAGCAGAGAAGACAGAGCAGGACAUUGACACCACCCGUCUGGAGUAUGUGCCUGUGGCUGUGCGCACACAGAUCCUUUUCUUCUGUGUAUCCGACCUGUCCAAUGUUGACCCCAUGUACCAGUACUCACUGGAGUGGUUCCUUGGCAUCUUCAUUGCUGGCAUUGCUGACUCUCAGACAGCAGAUACAGUGAAGGAGAGAAUCGGCAACAUCAAUGAAUUUUUCACCUUCAGCCUGUACAGCAACGUAUGUCGCAGCUUAUUUGAGAAGCACAAACUUAUGUUUGCUUUCCUCCUGUGUGCUCGCAUCAUGAUGAAUGAGAACAAAAUUGAUAUGACUGAGUGGCGCUACCUGCUAUCUGGAGGGAUGCCUGUCCAAGAGCUGAUAAAUCCAGCAGGCAGUUGGUUGUCUGAGCGUGGCUGGCAGGACAUCCUGAGCCUCAGUGCUCUGGACAACUUCUACAAUAUGGCUGAGCGCUUCACCGAACAUCUGCAAGGUUUCAAGAGGAUUUUUGACAGCAACCAGCCUCACAGGGAACCCCUCCCAGGAGAAUGGGACACAAAGCUGGACUCAUUCCAGAAGCUUUUGGUCCUGCGCUGUCUGAGGGCUGACUGUCUCAUUCAAGGCCUGCAGGACUUUGUCUCAGCUCACCUGGGACAACGCUUCAUAGAACCUCAGACCUCAGACCUGUCUGUGGUCUUCAAGGAGUCGUCGCCCUUCACUCCCCUCAUCUUCGUCCUGUCCCCUGGCUGUGACCCAGCUGCUGACCUCUACAAGUUUGCUGAUGUCAUGCAAUUCUCUAAGAAAAUGAGUGCCAUCUCUCUGGGCCAAGGCCAGGGCCCUUGGGCUGAGAUCAUGAUGCAUGCUGCCAUGGAAAGCGGUCAGUGGGUCUUCUUCCAGAACUGUCACCUGGCACCCAGCUGGAUGCCUGCCCUGGAGACUCUCAUUGGGAACAUCAACCCAGCAAAGGUGCACAAGGACUUCCGUCUGUGGCUCACAAGUCUUCCCAGUAACAAGUUCCCAGUGUCCAUUCUCCAAAAUGGGUCAAAGAUGACCAUUGAGCCUCCUAAAGGAAUCAAGGCCAACCUACAGAAAACCUACCUGAGGCUCACCAAUGAUUUUAUCUCCACUUCCACCAAGACGACGCAGCUCAAGUCUUUGCUCCUGUCUCUGUGUCUCUUCCAUGGAAUUGCACUGGAGCGAAGGAAGUUUGGCCCACUGGGAUUUAACAUUCCCUAUGAGUUCACAGACGGGGAUCUGAACAUCUGCAUCAGCCAACUCAAAAUGUUUCUGGACGAGUACCAGGACACCCCAUACAAGGUGCUUAAAUACACUGCAGGGGAGAUUAAUUAUGGCGGCCGUGUGACAGACGAUUGGGACAGACGAUGUCUGCUCAGUGUGCUGGAGGAUUUCUACUCUCCCUCUGUGCUUAUUGAUGACCAUGUCUACUCUUCGUCUGGAGUCUACCGCCAGAUAGACACAAGUCUGGAUAUCAAGGGUUACUUGGCAUACAUACGUGGCUUGCCCAUCAAUGAUACACCUGAGAUCUUUGGUCUCCAUGACAACGCGAAUAUCAGCUUUGCCCAGAAUGAGGCCUUCUCUCUGCUGGGAGCGGUGAUUCGUCUCCAGCCUCGAGCUGCAUCUGCUGGGGGCAAAACACGGGAGGAGAUAGUGGAGGAGAUAGUGGGAGGCAUUGUCGAAAAGAUUCCUCAGCCUUUCAGAGUUCAAGAGGUGAUGGAAAAGUACCCGGUCCUCUAUGAAGAGUCCAUGAACACAGUGCUCAUCCAGGAGGUCAUCAGAUAUAACAACUUACUGGCAGUCAUCUCUAAAAGUCUCAGUGAUAUUGUGAAGGCUCUGAAGGGUUUAGUGGUGAUGUCAUCAGAACUGGAGCUUAUGGCCAACAGCCUGUUCAAGAACAUGGUGCCUGACAUGUGGAAAGCCAAGGCCUACCCAUCUCUAAAGCCUCUGGCCUCCUGGGUGUCAGACCUGCUUCAAAGGAUCAAUUUUCUGCAGAGAUGGAUCCAUAAUGGCAUUCCACCUGUCUUCUGGAUUAGCGGCUUCUUUUUCCCCCAGGCUUUUCUCACCGGAACCCUCCAGAAUUACGCCCGUCGCUCCGGCACCGCCAUCGACACAAUUGGAUUCGACUUCAAGGUAAUAAUGAAGUCAGGGACUGAAAUAACAGAGAAACCAAAUUCAGGCUGUUACAUCCACGGUCUAUUCCUGGAGGGGGCUCGCUGGGAUAACGAAACAGGGCAAGUCACAGAGUCCAGGCCAAAGGAGCUCCACACAGAAAUGGCUGUCAUCUGGCUGAUCCCCGAACCAAACCGAAAACCUCCAACCUCCGGGGUCUAUGUCUGCCCCAUCUACAAGACCCUCACACGUGCAGGGACUCUGUCUACAACCGGGCAUUCCACCAACUAUGUGAUGUCCGUGGAGCUGCCCACACAUCAGAGUCAGAGACACUGGAUCAAACGGGGAGUCGCCCUCAUCUGUGCACUGGACUACUAAAUACAGACACACACUUUUUCCAGUGCAGUUGUAUCUUUGCUUUCAGGCCACACAGACACUUUCUUUGUGAGCUCAUUGAAACUCUUCACUACUCUGUGUAUAAAUAAACAGCAAUAUAAAGC